CUGGCGGUGGCCGCCGACGCCCUCGCGGACACGCAAGGCAGCUCCUCCCCGCGGAGUCACUACUGGGCCAAGGACCAGCUGCGCAGCCAGCCCGGCAAGCCGCCUCCGCUGCCGCCGUGGUCCUCCAGCGAGUCCUCCAGCGAGUCCUCCAGCAACCACAGCGACCCCUCCGUGCCAUACAGCGCCUCGCCGCUGCACAGCGUGCACAGCCUGGUGCAGUCCCUCAACGGCACGGUCCAGGGCCGCCAGCUCAUCCCCCUGCUGCUGGUGGAGGGCGGCGUGGAGGCCUCCGCCGCGGCCAGCACCGCCCUGGACGGCGACUACCUCCUCGGCUACAGCCACAACCCCUGGGGGCGGUCGUCCGCCUUCAGGGACGUCCUGGACGACCUCGGCAGCGCCACCACUCAGGUGUCGGCGGCCAAGCCGGGCAAGCCGGCCCAGCGGCGCAGCCGGCGCUCCGUGCUGCACCUGUACAACAUGCUGGUGUGCUCCACGGGCUGCGACCCCAUGGCCUACAAGGGCUACGGCUGCUACUGCGGCUUCCUGGGCUCCGGCUACACCACGGACGGCAUCGACAGGUGCUGCAAGAUGCACGACUGGUGCUACGACACCGCCAGCUGCCCCAUGUUCCUGGAGUACUUCGUGCCGUACCUCUGGAAGUGCUACCGCGGCCGGCCACUCUGCGCGCUGAACGGGUCGGCGUGCUCGCAGCGGCUGUGCGAGUGCGACCGCCGCCUGGCCGAGUGCCUGCGCCACUACCCCUGCCCGCGCCGGAAGGCCGUGUGCACGUCGUCGCCCUGGCGCCUGCUGCAGAACCUCUUCAUGCUGUGAUAGACAGACCGUCACCCUUUCCCGGGGCAUUCGUUAUUGUUGUUGUUUUUGUUGUUGUUGACCUAGUGCUAAUAAAGACUGUGCCACAUAGGAAGUAGGAAAGAAGGCGCGGUGUGUGUACUACAAUCUUUCUCAAAAGAAAUGAGCCAGAGUCAGGCGAUACUCCGCGCCCAAGUGACGUUCGAUGCUGAGCAUUCGGGCAGUCGCUUGCGCGUUGAGUAUUCCAGGUCUAUUUCUUUUGAGAGUGACUGUACAUCUGCGCAGCCCGCCGUCGUGACUGGGGUGCAGUUGCAUCCACACAGGCGUGGUGCGAACCCCGACGGAGGGAGCUUUCUGUUACCGUUGCCAAAGUGCAAAAACAUUACAUUUUAAGUUACCAAAACCUAGAUACGUUAAUUAAUAUAAUGUAAAAUGUCAUCGCGUGUACGAAUGUUCCCUUUUACUUCCAGAGUCACUACUGGUACAAUACAAAUUUCACAGUAUGCUGGUGCAAUUAAAUGUAUAUUACCUCACUACAUGAUACAAUGUUACCACUAACAAUAAAGUACAAAAUGAGAAACUAUUUGCUGA